AUGACCACAAACGACGAGGCGAGCCGCCUGCGAGAUCUCCAGGCGGAUGUCCGCAACCAGGAUGAUCUCGAAAGAGAUAUCACUCGUCAAGCCGAUAAAGCUCUAGCCGACAAGGCGGAGGAGAAUGACAUCAAGCGGCUUGAGAAGGCCCUUGUUGACCGGGAACGAGUCGAUUCUCAAAUUCGCCAAUCGCGCCACCGCCUAACACAACCUGUCGGGGCCGCCACUCGCCGUCGGCUCGAGAAUGAGCUGGAAAGGCUGCAGAUCUGUAAGACAGAUCUGGGGAAAGACUUGAGAGAUAUACAACAGCGCAUCGAUGAAAGGCGCGAGUCGCAAGGGAAUGCGACGGUGGCGCAUGGCUCAGGGCGGCUGGCGAAUGAGUCUCGCCGGGACUACCUCCUGCGAACCGGCAAAAUCACUCCAUUCGCAUCAAUGCAAGAGGGUACCAGAGAUGGACCACUUGCCAAUCUUCAUGAUGCACUCGUUGAUACUGAGGAUCAACAGAAGGAGGAGGAGGAGCGCGAACAGGCCAAACAUCUGCCAGCCGCAUCUCACAGGGAUCUUGCGCGCCCAGACUUUGGUUUUGACGAAGUUAGCAGGACCAAACGUAGAAAGGCGGAUCGGCAGGUUUCUUCAGAGGCAGAAUCCUCAGCAAGCUAUGUUGCCUCGGAAGAGGCUGACGUUACAUCUGAGGAUGAGGAGUUCAUACCCGACACCCUUCCUGACACCAAGUCAAGUCGCAAGCGAAAGCAAGGAAAAGCAAAAAAUGAACUCGAAGAUCUGAGUGGACUCGACGAUGGAAACGAGGUAAUCUAUCAGACACGUGUCCGAGAAUGGAUCAGUCGAAGAAGCUCUGCUCGACGACAAACUGGUAGUCCUUCUAUCGAAGAUGACCCGAAUGAAGAAGAGUGGCUCAAGCCACAUCCCACUGAACCAGCAAUGGAACUCGAUAAUGGCCUGCGAGUCCCUGGAGACAUCAGCCGCUUUCUAUUUCCCUACCAGAAAACGGGAGUUCAAUGGCUGUGGGAAUUACACCAGCAAACCGUUGGUGGGAUAAUCGGAGACGAGAUGGGACUGGGGAAAACGAUCCAGGCGAUCUCCUAUCUUGCGGCACUGCAUCAUAGCAACAUGCUCACCAAGCCUGCUAUCAUUGUCUGCCCUGCAACUCUUAUGAAACAAUGGGUCAAUGAAUUUCAUCGCUGGUGGCCGCCCUUUCGUGUUUCCAUCCUACACUCAUCGGGUAGUGGUAUGAUCAAUCUUGGGAAGGAAAGCAGCCGGGAAAAAGCGCUUUCGUCAGAAAUGAUGGACAGUCGUAGUUCACGUCACCUAUCUGCCGGUCAAAAAGCAGCUAAAAAAAUCAUCAAGCGAGUCACCGAGGAGGGACAUGUCCUUGUAACCACCUACUCUGGACUGCAGUCCUAUGCAGAUGCCCUCGUUGAUGUUGAAUGGAGCUGCGCUAUCCUUGAUGAAGGUCAUAAAAUUCGCAAUCCAGAUGCUGGUAUUACGUUCAGCUGCAAGGAACUCCGCACUCCUCAUCGCAUCAUUCUCUCAGGAACCCCAAUGCAGAAUAGCUUGGUGGAUCUUUGGUCCCUUUUUGAUUUCGUGUUUCCAAUGCGCUUAGGAAACCUCGUUACAUUCAAAAAUCAGUUUGAGAUUCCCAUCCGUCAGGGUGGCUACGCAUCUGCAUCAAACCUUCAAGUGCAGACAGCUGCGAAAUGUGCAGAGACUCUGAAAGAUGCCAUCAGUCCCUAUCUGCUCCAGCGCUUCAAAGCCGAUGUUACAUCUGACCUGCCGCAGAAAAGCGAGCAGGUGAUUUUCUGCAAACUGACCCAAUUGCAGCGUACCAUCUACCAGAGGUUCCUCGGCUCGGAUGACAUGAAGUCCAUCAUACGAGGGAAAAGGAAUUCGCUGUAUGGUAUUGAUAUUUUGCGCAAAAUCAGCAAUCAUCCAGACCUAGCAGACCACACUUUGCGCUCUCAUGACGCGGACUACGGUGAUGCAGAGCGGUCUGGAAAGAUGCAGGUUCUGAAGGGCUUGCUUGAGGUCUGGAGAGACACAGGCCACAAAACCCUGCUUUUCACCCAGGGCCGUCUGAUGCUGGACAUCAUCGAGAAAUUCCUUGGCAUUCUGGGCGGGUUCAACUACCGCCGAAUGGACGGAUCUACCCCGAUUAAGGAACGUCAGCCUCUGGUUGACACAUUCAACAAUGACCCUGAUAUCCAUGUCUUCUUGCUCACCACGCGUGUGGGCGGGAUCGGUGUCAAUCUGACAGGUGCUGACCGUGUCAUUAUUUACGAUCCCGACUGGAAUCCAUCGACCGACCUGCAGGCGCGAGAGCGCGCAUGGCGUUUAGGUCAAAAGCGUGAUGUGACUAUCUUCCGUCUUAUGACCAAAGGCACUAUCGAAGAGAAGAUCUAUCACCGUCAGAUAUUCAAACAAUUUAUGACAAAUAAAAUCACCCGUGAUCCCCAUCAGCGAGAAGGUUUCGAGCUGAGUGAUCUUUAUGAUCUGUUCACUCUGACAGACGAAAAUGACAACGAGCUAGAGACGACAAGAUUGUUCAAAAACGCCGAAGUCACAUAUCAGGAAGAAGGCAAAGAUCCCCGAGGCAGCAAGAAUAAGCUUGUCCCGACUCCCAGGAAGGAAGAUGGUAUCAAUGAUAUCCAUGGUGUUGCCAAUGUUGAAGAGUUCCAAAACAUUACAGAAGAGGAGAAAAACGCCAAAACCUCCGAAGACCGUAUCAUGCACGGCAUUUUUGCACGUUCUGGCGUCCACUCUGCACUUGAACACGACCAAAUUGUAAAUGGCAAGCGGGUCGUUCGUGCAGAUCCCAAAAUGAUUGAAGCCGAAGCUCGUCGCGUCGCCAACGAAGCCGCUGAAGAGCUUCGCAAAGCCGAAGAGACUGCCCGAGCCCUCCCGAUUGGACUUCCUACGUGGACGGGUCGUUUCGGUAUGGGGGGUCGGGAAGAUCCACGGGCUGGUGGCAGCUCCGCCCGACCUGCUGGGGCAGGACCUUCAUCCUCAGACCUGUUAGCUAGGCUUAACCCUGCUGCUGCCGGACAGAGAACUCCUGACACCAACGCUUCAUCAGCGCGUAUGCCACGCGGCAAAGACUUUGUUCCUUUAAUCUGUAAUUACCUUGCCUCUCAGCGCGGGCCAACUUUCUCGCAGUCGAUUGUUGAACAUUUCAAUCCUUACUGCUCCAAUCCCCAGCGAGUUGCUGAGUUUCAAGAGUCAUUGAAGAAGGUUGCGACAUUGAAACAUGGUCGCGAUCGUCGAGGCCGGUGGACUCUGAAGCCUGAAUUUGCCCGAAAUGCCAAUACUCGGGGACAGUGA